CUGUAAUUCCAGCUAAUGCGGAUAACGCUCAGAACACAGUGCGCAUGGUGCACAGCCGCGCCUGGAUUUGGAGGCAGCCCAUGUCUCUCACCGGCACAGAGAGGGCACGACCUGUCAGAUUAUACAGUCAGAUUUAGUGAUCAUCUGUGAAUAUAACAAGUAUUUGGAGUGCUUUGUUUGAAUGUGCACGGACAAGGGGACGCAGGGUUUGGAGCGGAAGCAAUGGUUUGUCAUAGAUUAGAAAUGUGCAGAUGACACUAGUCUUGGAUUAAUGAAAGGACAGAGAUGAUGAGUGGAUUUUCAGCUGCCAGUCACCACAUGGAGCAGGUUUUGAGGUCCAUGCUCUGAAAUGGACUCCAAUGGAAGUUCUCUCAAUCGCAGCCAGUCGCUGGCGAGUGGUCUGGAGAAGACUUCAGUGACGUGGAACAAGCGGGCCCUCUCCCAGAGCAGCAGCACUCUGUCAUCUCGCCAUUCCAGACAGAUGAUCAAAGACUGGGAGGUGAUUGAUGACCUUGUAGUAGAAAUGCGUGCAAGUGAAAAUCCUCAGGAAAUGACCCCACCAGGAAUCUGUGAAGGAUAUCUUCUAAAGAGGAGAAAGUGGCCUCUUAAAGGGUGGCACAAGCGAUACUUCGUCUUAGAUGGGGGAACCUUACGCUACUCCAAAAAUCAACAAGAUGUUUCUAGAGGACGUAUCCAGGGUUCCCUGGAUGUCAGUCUGGCAGUCAUGACGGUAAACAAGAAAGCAAACCGGAUUGACCUGGACACAGGUGACAUUCUCUAUCAUAUGAAGGCAAAAAGCCCGGAUCUCUUUUACAUUUGGGUAACUAAGCUACAGGCCCACCGCUUCUUCAAGAAGAAUGAGACAGCUCAUGCUCACAGCCGGGGUGGGACACGACAAGCCCAGACAAAUGGAGAUCUGGGCACAGAACUGGGGGAUUCCGCUGGAGCAUCUCAAGCACUACCUUCAACCAACACGGCAGUAAACACAAAGGUGUCUGCUUGGCUGCAGCAGAGCCAUCACCCAGACACGUGUGCUCAAGAGUUGAACCGUUGUAAUUUGGAUCUCUCUGAGCUUAACCGCCUAAUCCAGAGGCUCCAAAAUCUGGAGGUGGGCCAGACCUUUACUAAUGGAGAACUGCAGCGCAUCAUCAGCAUACAGAACAUCUCACUUGAGAAGCCAAAGAAAUCAAAAUCAGGAAAGAUGUGGGGCCACUCACGCACAUUGUCCAGAGUGGAAGCCCUGGGAAUGCCUAUUCGUGGGAUUACCAAAUCGCUGUCCUCCAGCCACCUGAGUGGCUCUUCCCACCUUGGAGCAUCAGUGCCCAACAUCCCGGACUACGUCUCCUCUCAGCUGUCCCCUCCCUCUGUCCUCUCACCUGAGAGCAAGAAAAUCCAGCAGGACAUCUGUGCCAUCUCAAACCGAGUGUUGGCUUCUCUGAAGUCGGUUCAUGAAUCGUUGUCCCUGGAAAGACAGAAGCUCCAAGAAUCCUGGGAAACCAGCAAUGAGCACCGGUCAAAUACACUAGCUGUGCCUGCACCGUCCCACGGACCCCCCUCUGUGGCAGAUUCAGCUGCCGAGUACUUUGAUGCCAGUGACGACGUUGUCUGGGGCAGUUCCUCUGAGGUGUCUGAUGAAUCUGGACUCAGUGAUGGAAGCACCACCAACUCUGAACCGGAGGAGGGACAUGCAUCAGCAACUCGGAAGUACAGAGCAAGCAUUUCCAGAGCUCCUAAUAGUCUUGUUCCUAAGAGCACAGGACGCCGGACAACACUGCCAGCACACUGUCCUGACAACAGCCACGUGGGCCUCAUGGCCAUCCUCUACAACAACAUAGGUAAAGAUCUGGCCCGAGUGUCCAUGCCGGCGGCUCUCAAUGAGCCGGUUAACCUGCUGCAGAGGUUGUGUGAAGAGCUGGAAUACAGCGAGCUGCUGGACACGGCCUGCAACACUCCAGACCCCUUCCAGAGGAUGGUUUACAUAGCUGCAUUUGCUAUUUCUGGUUACUCCACUGCAAUGUUUAGAAACCGCUACAAGCCCUUCAACCCGGUGUUGGGAGAAACCUACGAAUGUAUCCGAGAAGACCGAGGCUUUCAGUUCAUCAGUGAGCAGGUCUGCCACCACCCUCCCAUCUCAGCCUGUCAUGCACAAUCAGAGAACUUCACCUUUUGGCAAGAUCAAAGGUGGAAAAAUAAAUUCUGGGGAAAAUCACUGGAGAUUGUGCCAACAGGAAAGGUUAAUGUGACUUUGCCAAAGUAUGGGGAUCACUAUGAGUGGAACAAGGUUGUGACCUGCAUCCAUAAUGUGCUGAGUCAGCAGCGGUACCUGGAGCACUACGGAGAGGUCACCAUCCAAAAUCUCAAAAACAGCAUCUGCUCCUGCAAGAUCACAUUUGUCAAGUCUCGUUACUGGGGUUCGGACACCAACAAGAAUGAGGUGCAGGGGACGGUGAUCGACCAAAGCGGUAAUGUCAUUCACCGGUUUGGAGGACUUUGGCACGAAGGAAUCUUCUGUGACACUCUUCCAACUCCAAAAUGUGUUUGGAAGCCGAAUCCACAGCCUAAGGAUUACUUGAUUUAUUAUGGCUUCUCCACCUUUGCCAUGGAGCUGAAUGAACUCACCCCAGACCUGAAGCCUCUUCUGCCUCCCACCGACACCCGCCUACGCCCAGACCAAAGAAUGCUGGAGGAGGGAAAAGUAGCCGACGCAGACAAGAUGAAAGAUGACAUAGAGGAAAAGCAGCGGGAACGGAGGAAGGAGCUCUCCAAAAAAGGGGAGGAGCAUGUCCCACGCUUUUUCAAGAAAGCCAAAGACUCCUCUGGACAGGAUGUGUGGCUGACGAACAGCACAUAUUGGGAGCUCAGAAAGAAUCCUGGUUUUGCAAACCUCGAUAAUGUGACUCUGUGGUAAAAAGACUCUGGCAGAACCUCAUCAAAGAGGGAUAAAAAGUAAAAACGAGGCUGAAACUUGAGACAGCAUGCAUGAUCCGCUCCAUCUAAGAGUGGAGACUGUGCUUCUCAUCUCACUCCAUCUGCAGACCCAUGACUGGCUCAUGGGGAACCUCUUUCAUAACAAAUGGGGAGUGCAAAGAACUGUAGAGCUAAUUAAGACUUUUAGAAUUAUUCUCAAAGCAAUCCACAUAAGACAGUAUGUGGAAAAUGGACUUAAUUGAAACUGUUGUUUUAGCUUCACCUAAGUUGAACUUUCCUAUGAAAUAUUGAAAAGGAUUAUUUUUACCUUCAUAAAGAGAAAUUAAAACCACUUUUUAAACAUUUGCAUCUUCCACCAUUCCCACUAUGCUUCAGAUAUGGGAUUGUUUUGCUUUUUUUAGAUAUUUUAUGAUACUUUAUCCUAUUUUUUGUGAUUUUCAGAGUUCCCUCUGAAACCGAUUAAGCUGUAUUUCUCUAUCAGGUUUGCAUAGACAUUAUUGUUUUGUGUAUAAAUCUUGAGGUACAGUAAAUUCCAUUUUGUUUACAAGUAAUUCACUGCAGUCCACACAUAUGUAGGUUCCCUGCAUGUGUUUUGCAGCAGUUUAGCUGAUAAUAAUUUUCUGGAACACCUGGAUUGAUGAAAGAUGACGCCACCCAAGAAGGAGGCGAGGAUGCAUCUCUCAAUCUGCUUUUUCUGCUACAGAUAAGCCAGAUAAUAAAUGAACAAAUUGGACUUAUUAUUAAUUAAAAUUUGACAUGAUAAAGUACCAUGCAAUAAACACCUUUCAGGAAAAAUGACAAAAAAACAUAUUUUAUGUAUUUCAUUAUUAGAAUGCUGUUGCUUGCAAAAAUGUUCAUACUGUAUUUGUUCAUUUAUGCAGUAUAUUAAAUUGCAAAUUCAACAAU